AAAUUGCCGACUGGCAAUGACAACGUCUUCUAUUUAACAUCAAGGGAUAAAUCCCGAAAUUGCUCAGUCUGUUUUUGUAUACGGGCGUUAAAUGGUCGUUGAGCGGCGGAAGUGCGUCGGCUGGUUUCUUUCUACUUUAUUUUUGUUGGCAAUUUACAAGUGAAUUUGUUUUGCAGAGCAAAUCCAAAGUGCUACGGCUUGAAUUUUCAGCAGCAGUAUUAAAGAAAGCAAAUUAAAAAGAACACCGCACAAAAAGCUUUAAUUUAAAAAUCAUUUUAAGAAUCACAAAUGAUUUUAAAUAAAUUAACAAACAAUUGAAAACACAUGCAGCAACAACAACAAGCACCUAUAAAGUGAAUUUCUGUGUUCGGCAAACGAUUACGCGUCGUGCUCGCAUACAGUCUGAGCUCGCAUAUUGGUAUCUCUGUCUGUGUGUGUGUGUGCGUCGUGUCGCUUAGUUGUGGCUUGUGGCGUAAAAUGCCGCUGUGGGCCACCACUUUUUUAUGAUGGAGACAUUCCUUGUCCUUGGGUUAUGUUUCAUAAUAUACGAAGCGCUGGAUUUCUUUCAAGGAUGCCUGCAUAGUACGUCACCGAAUUCGACCGAUCAAAUCGAGGCCUAUCGCCGCCAAUUGGACGAGCAGCGACAACAGCUGCAGCAAGAGCAAUUCAUAGCGAAUUUGACGCCGCUCUUGGGCGCCCAGCUGUUGGCCGCCACCUCCAGCGUAUCGCUGACGCCGAGCGAUUCCACCGCCAGCAUUAUAAGUGAACAGUUACGCGCACAACAACAACGCGAACAACUCGAACAACAGCUAGAGGGCAGCAUACGCAGCAGCAGCUGCAGCGGCGCACCCAGCAACGCCGGCGACAAUUCGUUGAGUACGCCAGCUUUGCAUAGCAGCGGUUUGGGCAGCACUUUCGGCUCGGCCGCCGGCAGCGGGAGCUUGAGUGUGGCCAGCGGCAAUAGCAGCGGCGCUGCCUUUCGUCCCGCCUACCGUAGCGCCUACGAGUCGCAAGAAUUGUACGCGACUUCGUCACUACCGCGCGACUACUACUUCCUGCAGCAACAACAACAAAAGAAUAAGCAUUCGGCGCGCUCGCUAUUCUCGAAGUUCGGCGCUUCCAAUUCCGAUAAUCGCAUCUUUCCCGAGACCACAGCGGUGCUGGGCGUGCCUGCGGGCGUCAUUACACAACAGCCAGCGGCGAGUGUGGUAAAUCAUUUUGACUGCUUGCCGCCGGCGACGGUGCCUGCCUCGCCUUUGGCUGUGGACUUGAAGCGCGCCAUAUUGAGUAACAAUAAUAAGAAUAGAAACAGCAAUAACAACAACAAAACGUACAACGAACGUAGACGCGCAGCGUGUGCGGUGGAAAGUGUGCUGGUGCAUGGUGUAGCGGUGAUUGCCAGUCCGUCGCGUGAUCCGCCAAAUCCUACUGCAACAACAACAACCACUUCGGUUAAACGUGCAAAUCAACGAAAUCGUAACGCCAACGCGUCGGCAGCACAAACGACUGCGCGCGACAGUGACGGCAGUACAUCGGAUUGUGAAUCGGAUACGAGCGGUGAUUCGUCCGAUUCGUCGGCGUCCGCUUCGGCCGGUUCCGCGUCGCUGGCCUCGUGCGGUGAGGAUAGUGAUCCCGGUUUGGGUGAGGAACGCGAGUUCGGUUUAUCUAAUUCGUGUUCGUCGUCGCAUGCGGACUUUCGGGAAAUCGAAUGUGAGCGCCUAAGACGCAAGUGUGUGAGUGUGAAACGCAUCUAUAGUAUAUCGGAGAAGUUUUGAAAACGUAAAAACAAGUAAAACUCUAAGUGCAAAACAAAAGUUGGUUACUUUGAAGUGUUCAAAAAACAAUUUGGAAAACAGAAUAGAAAAUUAAACUCAAAAUUUUUCGAAAAAUUAUAAAAAAGAAACAUUACUGAAAAAACAACAAUAAAAUCAAAAUAAAUACAUAUGUACAAAAGAAAACAUAUAAUAAUUUUAAUAAGAAAGUCUUGUGGAUGAAUCAAAUGUUGAAAACUUCGGAAAACAAAGCAAAAACAGUUUACGUAAACACUUAUUUAGAAGUGUGAAUAAAAAAACUACAAAAGAAUAAUGAAAUCGUUUUCCAGUAAUCGAGUUCUUAUCGUUGCUAAAAACUGUAUUGAAAGCGAAAAUUUUCAACUAAGACAAGAAACUUAAGAAUGUGUAAAGGUCUGGAGAAAAGUAAACUGCCUGCUAAGUAGGCCAAACUCUUACCAAAACCAACAACGAUCAAGAAAAAGCAUGGAAAAUUAAUUUAAAAAACAGUAAAAUAAAAAUCAAAUGCAACAAUAAAAAACCUAUAAAAAAUCAGCAAAAUAAUUGCCAAAGCAAUUGUGCAUAAAUUUGUAGCAACAACAAU